UGUAUGUAGUCCUAAUUCGAAUUGGUCUCUUAAUUCGCUCUUUUAUAUUCUUACAUGGUCGAUAAAUCAGUGAAAGAUCAUUCCUAUUUUAUCAAGAGUUGUCGGUAAUUUUUAGAACUACUCGUUAUACUGUUGGUAGGGUAGAAAUUUCAUACGAAAGUUCUGUCGAUAAGAUAGUAAAUAAUUAAAAAUGAAUUGUUACAUUACGAUGUAAUAAAUUCAAUGAUAACAAUAAAUUGUUAUUCUCUUCUUUUAUAAGAUAUAUGAUAUUAAUCAAUAAUAGUGUUUUCUCUAUAAAAUGUACGAGCACUUAAAAGAUAUUGAAUAUCCUGUAAUAUGACACAUAAUCAAUAUCAAAAAUAAUAUACAUUUAAAGGAAGUAAUAGAAGCACAAGGCGAAAGGUUUGAUCGAUCGCUUGAAAAUUGAUUUAUUUAAGUACUUUUCAAAAUUACAAGUACUUAUUCACUAUCCAUAAAAAUUUCAUUGUGCGAUUGCUGUUAUUUUGAAAGGCUUAUGUUUGCGAUGCAAGGGAACAACAAUCACGUGUAAACGAUGUGGAAGUUAAUUGGAUUAAAGUGCUUUUAGAAAACCACUUGGCAAACAUACUCGUAAAUACAUACAUGGACGCUAUGUUGGUGGUUGACACGCGCGCGCACUUUCACAAAGGGAUAUCGAAAUUGUCGAGCAGUUCAAACACUCGAAAUCCGUGCAGCGUGAUAGUUCGAUCUGUCCUUUAUCUUUACAAACAUUGAUUAAAAUCAUUGAAAGUUCAUCAAGAAAAGAAAGAAUAAUAGAUGACAUGGAUACUCCAAAGAUUUAUCAAAUAAACAUAAUGGCGAAAGAAACGGAACGAUUUUUGGCUGAACAAAAGAACAUUUGCGAGCGAUUCUUCAAAAAUGGUAGUCAAAGUGAGGACGAGACAGGGAUGAAAAUCGAUAAAGAAAUUUUGCAAUGUUCUCCGACCUUCGAUGGAUUGCUAUGUUGGCCACGUACACUUGCUUCUCGCACAGCUACUCUCCCUUGUCCGAGAUUAAUUUUAGAAACGUCUUACGAUUUAUUUUUUUCUUCUUCGACACAACCUUUCAAAGAAUCUACGGAAAUAUUGAACAACAAAUCGAAUAUUUUGAAGGAAUGGAUCAUUUCGUCCUUUAACACAUCUGCGAUAGCAAGCAAAUGCCUUGCUAAUGGUCAAUGGUAUAUAAAUGAUGAAAGUACCGCUUGGAGUAAUUAUACUCUUUGUAUAUGUCCGAAUAAUCUAGAUAUAGAAUAUCUUUGGAAUUGGAAAAAUGUAAAAUUGGAAAAUAUUUCUUUAGUGGGUAAAUGGUUACCGAUAAUUAAAACGGUGUCUCAAAUCGGAUAUGCUUCGUCCUUUGCAACAUUGCUCGUUGCUAUGACCGUUUUCACCAUACUCAGAAAGCUUAGAAAUCCGAGGAACAGACUCCACAUGCAUUUAUUCACGUCGUUCAUGAUGAGAGCGUUUAUGGCUCUCCUCAAGGAAUGGGUCUUUAUCGAUGGUAUAGGUUUGGCAUGGGAUAUAAUUUUACUUAACGAUGAUGGUGUUUUCAUAAAAGAACGAAACACGUGGGCAUGUAAAAUUAUUACAAGUAUGUGGCAGUACUUCAUUGUAGCUAAUUAUGCUUGGAUACUCAUGGAAGGACUUUAUCUCCACAAUUUAAUAUUCUUGGCACUUUGUACCGACACUACUGCGAUUACUUCUUACAUACUUUUAGGAUGGGGAUUACCAGGUUUGGUAGUUAUACCUUGGAUAAUAAUUCGUGCAACUGUCGAGGAUACUCUUUGUUGGACCAUUCAUCAUAAUCCUUCCUUCUUUCUUAUCGUGAGAAUACCAAUAGUGAUAUCCAUCUUAUUCAAUUUUGGACUAUUCGUUAAUAUCGUUCGAGUACUUCUUAUAAAAUUGAAGACGUCUGUACAUUUGCAACAUAAAAAAAUGCAGUAUAGAAGAUGGGCAAAAUCGACUCUGAUUUUGGUGCCAUUAUUUGGUGCUCAUUAUACCCUUCUUUUGGGACUUUCUUAUCAAAAGGAUAAUCAUAUUGAAUUGGUAUGGUUAUUUUGCGAUCAACUAUUCGCAUCUUUUCAGGGAGCGUUCGUAGCUUUGUUGUAUUGUUUAUUAAAUGGUGAAGUAAGAGCAGAAGUUAGACGAGCGUGGAAGGCUCGACGUUCGAAAACGGAUUCUCUUAGACCGAUUCAUUGUGAUUUUUUAAAAACCUCGCAGAAUCGAACGCGAUGCGUUUUUCGUCGGCAUGAUUGCGAUGAAUUGAAUUUUUCAGAAAGUACAACGAAACAUUUAUCUACUGUUUGAAAGUAAUAUACGUAACACUUUAUUUACAUAUCUAAAUCUAGUUAUUAUGCUGAAUACAUAGUAGAAAAAUUACACGUAUACAAAAAAUCACGAUUUUUAGUAUAAACAAAUUUAUUUAAAAAUGUGAUAUAAAGAUACGUGUAACGUUGUAGAAUGAUUGUUCUUAUUAUUGUUGUUGUUUAAAGGCAUCGAUUAAUUAGAUCGAUAGAUUAUCUUUGUAAAAUUGUAUACUUAAUUUCUGUACCUAUAUACAUAUUUACGAUUCAGCAUGUAUCUCACGUUUUUAUUUAUCUGCGUAAUUUCUCCUUGAUGAAGAAAAGUAAGAAAAAUAAAAAAAGUGAUUACCAUUAGGAGAGUGAUUAGAAUAGAUGAAAAUUACGAAGCAUGAUUUGUAGAUAUACAAAAGCCUAAAGUGGAAUAAAGGAAAAGGGGUUGUUUGUAGUCGCAAAGUAACGAAGUGUGAACUAUCUCAUGACACGGAAUGAACUUGAAAAGGUGAUGACGACUUCGGCACGUGUCAUGAAAGCGUUCUCAAUUUUUGAUAUAGGAAAAGGGUGCGUUAGGAUGUGCACGUGUUUGUUCGAUUCGACACGUGCCUUGACCAACCUCAGUAAUUUUUAAUUUCUUCUAUGGACAAACCACAACACACGAAUAUGCAAAUCGUUUAAUGACAUACUUUCGUCGUGUUUAAAAUUUCUUUAAACAUUCUGUUUUUUAUACGUUUUUGAUCAAAUAUUAAAUAGAACAAAAUGAGAAAAAAAUGAAAUAG